GAGCCUCAGCACGGGACCGCAAGAACGUCGCUGGAUCCCGGGAGGACCGGAGAGAGAGAGACGAUACCGUGGGACUGGAGUUGUGCUCAGCUGCUGGCUGAAGGAUGUUCUCCUCUGUGAAGGCCUUUGAGGGGCAGCAUUACCCCACCCUCAAGAGGCAGUGUCUACAGAAUGGAACACUGUUUGAGGACCCACUGUUCCCAGCUGUAGACAACUCCCUCUUCUACCUGGGGAACAGGAUCGGCCGUGUGCACUGGAAAAGACCUGGGGAGCUGUGUGAUGACCCUCACUUGUUUGUGGAUGGAAUCAGUGCCCAUGACCUGCACCAAGGGCAGCUGGGAAACUGCUGGUUCGUGGCGGCUUGCUCCAGUUUGGCCUCCCGAGAGUCACUGUGGCAGAAAGUUAUCCCAGACUGGAAAGAGCAGGAAUGGGAUCCAGAGAAAAUAGACUCUUAUGCCGGAAUAUUCCAUUUCCGCUUCUGGCGGUUUGGGGAAUGGGUGGAUGUGGUGAUAGAUGACCGUCUCCCCACAGUGGAUAACCAGCUGGUGUAUUGCCAUUCAAAUGACAGCAAUGAGUUCUGGAGUGCCCUGGUAGAAAAAGCCUAUGCCAAAGUAUAUGGUUGCUAUGAAGCCCUGGAUGGUGGAAACACAGCCGAUGCCCUGGUGGACUUUACUGGUGGGGUGUCAGAACCCAUGGACCUUUUGGAGGGCCAGUUUGCGCAGGAUGAAGUAGCCAGAAACCAGCUGUUUGAGAGAGUUCUAAAAGUACACAACCGAGAUGGCCUUAUCAGCUGCUCUAUCAGGGCAACUACAGUGGAGGACAUGGAGACUAGGCUAGAAUGUGGGUUAGUGAAAGGCCACGCCUACGCAGUGACCGAUGUUUGCAAGGUCCGUCUUGGACAUGGCCUGUUAUCAUUCUUCAAGUCAGAGAAGCUACACAUGAUCCGAAUGAGGAAUCCUUGGGGGGAGAAAGAGUGGAGUGGACCCUGGAGUGACAGCUCAGAGGAAUGGAAGAAGGUGAGCAAGAGUGAGAGAGAAAAACUUGGCGUCACUGUUCAGGAUGACGGGGAGUUUUGGAUAAACUUUGAUGAUUUCUGUCACUACUUCACCGACCUGAUCAUGUGUCGACUGAUAAACACGUCCUACUUGAGCAUUCAUAAGACCUGGGAGGAGGAGGUGAUGAGGGGCUCCUGGAUCCAUCGAGACGACCCACUCCGCAAUCGCUCUGGAGGAUGUAUUAACCAUAAAGCCACAUUUUUGCAAAACCCACAGUAUGUUUUUGAUGUGAGAAAGGUGGAAGAUGAGGUGCUGAUCUGCCUGCAACAAAAGGAGCGCAGAGCCACUCCCAAAGAGGGCAAAGGCGAGAACCUGGCCAUUGGAUUUGACAUCCAUAGGGUGGAGUUGAAUAGAAAAUACAGAAUGCACUCUGCACAGCAGAAGGUCGCAGGGUCGAUCUACAUCAACUCUCGCUGUGUUUUUUUAAGGAAAGAGCUAAAGGAGGGGCGUUACGUAAUUAUCCCUACAACCUUUGACCCUUGUCAACAAGGAGAGUUUCUGCUCCGAGUCUUCACUGAUGUGCCUUCAGACUGCAAAGAAUUAACUCUGGAUGAGCCUCCACAGACAUGCUGGACCGGCAUGUGUGGUUACCCUCAGCUGGUCACACAAGUGCAUGUGUUAAGUGCCAUGGGCCUGCAGGGCCAAGACUCCAAUGGAGCCUCUGACCCUUAUGUGAUCAUUACCUGUGAGGGGGAGAAGGUUCGCUCUCCCGUGCACAAAGACACACGCUGCCCUAACUUUGACAUUAAGGGAAUAUUCUACCGCAAAAAGCCAAAGGAAGGCAUCCACAUCGAGAUCUACAAUAAGAAUGUGAUUGUUGACACCUUCCUGGGUCAGGUAACUCUCUUUAGUGACCCUAAUGACCGCCAAGAGCAGCACACAGUUUACCUUAAAGACAAGGGCACUCACCAAGACAACAACCUUCCUGGCACACUGGCCGUGCGUGUAAUCACCUGCACCACUUUGACCAACAUCUGAUCAUUAACCAAGUGUUCCGUGUCUGCCUUGAUUCCUCAUCUACUUCUUAGAUUACACACAAUGGGCCUCAUUCAUGAACAUUUUGUAAUUAUACAAACAAAUUGGGAGUAAUUUCCACGUAAAAUGGAGCUUCACGAAAACUUUCCGCCAGAUUCAUAUUCAUAUUCGUAUUCAGCUCUUCAUAUUCCACAGAUUUGUUAGUACAAUUUGUGUAUGUUAGUGAAUUUCAGACGUUCAUAAAUAGAGCGUACAUGCAAGGUCGCUAGUAAAUGAGAAUAGGAAGCUUUUAACAUAUAUGCAAACAGUAAAAAAAAAUUAUUUUGUUUUUAAUGGAGUGCAUUCACAUCGUAAAAUAUUGAUUUGUCAAACACUCACAUCUAAAAAGAAAGUGAUGAACUUAGUCAUCUUUGCUGUAAUCAGAGGUUCUUUUUCACU